AAUUGAAGUCCUCUCCCCACUGCUUCGAGAAGGAACGCUUAAGAGGCUGGGCGCCACUCACCAGAUUGCGUCUUGUUUGUGGCAAGAUUCUGAGAGGAAGUGUAGCUCCCAGGUUGGUUCCAAGUCUUCUUCCAGUUAGGAUCUUAUCCAGGACACUUCAUUGCAUUUGGUCCUCAUUUCUCCUUAGAAUCCUCCAGGCUGACAUUUCCUCAAUCUUUAUUGAUCUUUCACAGCCCUGACACUUUCGGAGAUACCAGUCAGCAUUUCCAAGUUUGUUCUGUGAGACUCUAGGAUCAGGACAAAGCAACAACAAAAUGUGCUCUACUCUAAGGAAGUGUGGGACAUACAGAACUGAAGUUGCAGGAUGCCAUGACCAUGGUAGCCCUUUUCAAGGAAGAAAGAAAGGUGGGAAUUCUUUCCGGGAUAAUUUUGACAGGAGGAACUGUCAUCAUGAAUAUGGUGGGUAUGAGUGUCCGCCUUCACACUGCCAGGAGAAUGAUGGAAGCGUGGAGAGGUGGGAUGUCCACAAGGACCAACAACUAAGACACACUCCUUACAGCAUCCGAUGCGACAGAAGAAUGAAAUGGCGUAGUGAAGACGAAAUCUGUAUUCCCACGUGGAGAAAUAGAAAACCUCUAGGGAGCAAAAGGAGGCAGAACACACAGGAUGGAUACACAAGGAACUGGUUCAAGAUCAUAAUUCCUUACGGGAUAAAGUAUGACAAGUCAUGGCUAAUGAAUUCAAUCCAGAGCCAUUGCAGUGCCCCCUUCACUCCGGUUGAUUUUCACUACAUCCGAAAUCGGGCAUGCUUCUUCAUCCAGGAUGCUAGUACUGCCUCCAUAUUGAAGGAUGUCAGUUAUAAGAUUUGUGAUGACGAGAACCGAAAGAUAGGUAUAUUUGUCAAUCAUUCUACUGCGCCCUACUCUGUGAAGAAUAAGUUGAAGCCAUGCCAAAUGGAGAUGCUUAAGCUGACUAUGAACAAACGUUACAAUGUCUCCCAACAAGCUCUUGAUCUCCAGAAUCUCCGCUUUGACCCAGACUUGAUGGGCCGUGACAUUGAUAUCAUCCUGAAUCGAAGAAACUGCAUGGCUGCCACCCUGAAGAUCAUUGAAAGAAAUUUCCCUGAGCUAUUGUCUUUGAACUUGUGCAACAACAAACUGUACCAGCUGGAUGGCCUGUCUGACAUUAUAGAGAAGGCUCCCAAAGUCAAGACCCUGAACCUCUCCAAAAAUAAGCUGGAGUCAGCGUGGGAGUUGGGCAAGGUGAAAGGGCUGAAGCUCGAAGAGCUAUGGCUAGAAGGGAACCCCUUGUGCAGCACCUUCUCGGACCAGUCCGCCUAUGUAAGUGCCAUCCGGGAUUGUUUCCCCAAGUUGUUACGCCUGGACGGCCGAGAGUUAUCUGCACCAAUGAUUGUUGACAUUGACAGCUCUGAGAUAAUGAAACCCUGCAAGAAAAACUUUACUGGAUCUGAGACCCUAAAGCAUUUAGUCCUGCAAUUCCUGCAGCAGUAUUACUCGAUCUAUGACUCUGGAGAUCGACAGGGUCUCCUCGGUGCUUACCACGAUGAGGCCUGCUUCUCCUUGGCUAUUCCUUUCGACGCCGAGGACUCAGCCCCGAACAGCUUGCGCAAGUACUUUGAGGAUAGCAGGAAUAUGAAGACACUCAAGGACCCCUACCUGAAGGGGGAACUGCUGAGGCACACAAAACGUGACAUUGUGGACUCCCUCAGUGCGUUGCCCAAAACUCAGCAUGACCUCAGCUCCAUCCUGGUGGACAUGUGGUGCCAGACGGAAUGGAUGCUCUGCUUUUCUGUCAAUGGAGUUUUCAAGGAAGUGGAAGAACAGUCUCAGGGUUCUGUUCUCGCCUUCACCCGGACCUUCAUCGCUACCCCUGGCAGCAGUUCCAGUCUGUGCAUCGUGAAUGACGAGCUGUUUGUGAGGGACGCCAGCCCCCAAGAGACUCAGAGUGCCUUCUCCAUCCCAAUGUCCACACUCUCCUCCAGCUCUGAGCCCUCGCUCUCCCAGGAGCAGCAGGAAAUGGUGCAGGCUUUCUCUGCCCAGUCUGGGAUGAAACUGGAGUGGUCUCAGAAGUGCCUUCAGGACAAUGAGUGGAACUACACUAGAGCUGGUCAGGUCUUCACUAUGCUCCAGACCGAGGGCAAGAUCCCAGCGGAGGCCUUCAAGCAAAUCUCCUAAAAGGAGCCCUUCGGUGUCUUCUUUGUCUUCGUUCACAUCCUCUUUGUUUCCUCUUUUCACCAGCAUAAGGCCUGGCUGACCAGGAAGCCAGAGUUAACUUGCAGGCCGCAUGACAUAACCACCCAGAGAGCCAGUUGCUCUGUGUAUUCGCCCCACUCAUGAUCACUGUUUUAUUUUCAUAAUAAAGAGUGACGUUACACGUUGUA